AUGAGCACGUGGACGUCCCUCGCGGCACUGACCGUCGCUGCCCUCGUUCCGCUCGUCUCCGCAGAUGUGGAGACCCACGAGUAUACACCCGGUGAAGACGUGAUCGUGUGGGUGAACAAGAUCGGGCCAUUUAAUAACCCCCAGGAGACUUAUACCUACAACACGCUCCCUUUCUGUCGUGCUUCGGACGGCGAAGAACCUGAAGCCCACGCCCUUGGUGUUGGCGAGAUCCUCGAAGGCAAUGAACUCUUUAAUUCGGGCCAGCAGCUCCAAUUUCGCGUGCCAACGGCCAAGACAAAACUGUGUGAACAGACGCUCUCGGACACGGACGCGCUCCAGUUUGCAGCGGCUGUGGACAAUCAUUACUGGUACCAGAUGAACGUGGACGACCUGCCGUUGUGGGGCCUCGUGGGCAAAGUCAUGAAACCCACGGACGACCUGGAGCUCCUCAAGCGCUUUCCCGUUGGCUCGCGUGUGCUGUAUACACACAAGAAGUACUCGAUCUCGUACAAUGGACCCAACAUUAUCCACGUGAAUCUCACGUACUCGGACGUGCUCACGUCCAUUGCGUCGAACAAGAAGGUGGAGUUCACGUACGAGGCUGAGUGGUCCGAGACGACGAUCCCGUUUGACGGUCGCUUCGAUCGGUACUUGGAGGACGAGUUCUUUGAGCAUCAGAUCCACUGGUUUUCGAUCUUUAACUCGUUCAUGAUGGUCAUUUUUCUCUGCGGUCUCGUAGCGCUCAUCUUGCUACGUACGCUCAAGAAUGACUAUGCGCGCUUUGCUGCUGAUGACGCUGAGGAGAUGAUGAUGGAUGGCAAGUCGUCGCUGCUCAAAGAUGAUGCCAACUCGGGCUGGAAACUCUUGCACGGCGAUGUGUUCCGUGCCCCGCCAUUUUUGCUGCUCUUCACGGCAUUUGUGGGAACAGGAGCGCAGUUGUUGGUGCUCUCCGUGUGUCUCAUUCUGAUUGCUACCGCCUCGUCACUCUACAUUGAGCCCGGUGGUGUCGUGUCCGUCGGACUUACCGUCUAUGCCUUCUCCUCGUUGGCUAACGGAUACGCAAGUGGCGCUUUCUACCACCAGUUUUUCUACCCACGCAUUUCGAAGGACUGGAUCCGUGCUAUGUGUAUGUCGUCGGCAUUGCUUCCCACUGUCACGUUCGUGUCAGUGUUUUUCAUCAACGCGCUGGCCGUAUUAUAUGGUACGACGUAUGCCAUUCCGUUUGUGACGAUCGUGCAGGUGGUGUUAGUGUGGUUUUUCGUAUCAUGCCCGCUUGCUGUGUUGGGUACGAUCUUGGGGCGACAUGGUGCUGCGAAAGCAGGCUUUCCGUGCCGUGUGAACAAGUUCACACGCGACAUACCCGAGGCACGUUGGUAUCUGCGCCCGCCGGUACUGAUCGCUCUCACGGGCGUGCUGCCGUUCGGAUCGAUUUUCAUCGAGAUGUACUUCAUCUUUGCCUCGUUUUGGAACUACAAGUUCUACUACGUAUAUGGAUUCAUGCUGCUGGUGUUCAUCAUCCUGACGAUCGUGACGCUUUGCGUAACAAUCGUGUGCACUUAUUUCCUGCUGAAUGCUGAAAACUACCGGUGGCAUUGGACGUCUUUUGCGGCGGCAGGCAGCACGGCAGCUUACGUCUUUAUCUACGCCAUCUAUUUCUACUUUUUCAAGACGAACAUGUCGGGCUUCCUACAGACGUGUUUCUACUUCGGCUACAUGGGACUGUUUUGCUUCGCGUUCUUCAUCAUGUGCGGCACUGUCGGGUACCUCGGCAGCAGUGUGUUCACGAAGCGCAUUUACCGCAACAUCAAGUGUGAGUAA